AUGUUACCUGAAGACAAUGUGCUGCACACAUCAACUUAUGAUGUCAAGAAGUUCUUGAAAACUUUUGAUAUGGGAUAUCAAAAGAUUCAUGCUUGUGUUAACGACUGCUGCUUAUUUAGAAAGAAGCUGAAGACGGCUGAGAGUUGCCCAACAUGUAAAGCGUCUAGAUGGAAGACCAACAUGCAUACUGGUGAAAUCAAUAAGGGUGUUCCACAGAAGGUUUUGAGAUAUUUUCCAGUGAUACCUCGUCUGAAAAGGAUGUUCAGAUCGGAGAAACUUGCAAUGGAUUUACGAUGGCAUUUCAAUAACAAGAGCAUAGAUGGGAAACUGCGCCAUCCAGUAGACUCUGUUACUUGGCAGUCAAUGAAUGACAAGUAUCCGUCGUUUGCAGCGGAGGAGAGGAAUUUGCGACUUGGGCUUUCAACAGAUGGGUUUAAUCCCUUUAGUAUGAAGAGCAGCCGAUACAGUUGCUGGCCUGUGUUACUGGUGAAUUACAACAUGGCUCCUGACCUAUGUAUGAAGGAGGAGAACAUAAUGCUCAGUCUGCUGAUUCCAGGACCACAUCAACCGGGUAAUAGUAUAGAUGUUUACUUAGAGCCCUUGAUUGAAGAUUUAAAACAUUUGUGGUCAAUAGGCGAGCCAGCAUACGAUGCAGUUAGUAAGACUACCUUUACCCUUAAGGCAAUGCUACUUUGGACUAUUAGUGAUUUCCCGGCUUAUGGGAAUCUUGCUGGUUGUAAAGUGAAGGGUAAAAUGGGUUGUCCUAUAUGCGGGAAGCACACAAAUAGUUUGUGGCUGAAGAAUAGUAGGAAGUUUGUAUUUAUGGGCCACCGGAAAAGUUUGCCUCCCUUGCAUAGUUUUAGAGGAAAGAAGGCUUGGUUUGAUGGGAAAACAGAACAUGGGACGAAGGGAAGGCUACUCACAGGCAGGAAUGUCUCAUUUGUGUUGAGAAAUUACAAGAAUGUUUUUGGUAAUAGAAAACAGACUGGGAAAAAGAGGGCUACUCGAGUUGACAUACCAUCUGAUAAUGAGGAGGAACUAAGUGGAUCUGAUGAGGAUGAAGAAGUCGGAGAUAAAGACGAAGAGGAAUUGUCUAGAUGGAAAAAACGUUCCAUUUUUUUCUCAUUGCCUUAUUGGGAGGAGCUUCCUGUUCGGCAUAAUCUAGACGUUAUGCAUGUGGAGAGGAAUGUGGCUGCAAGCUUGAUUGCGACAUUGUUACAUUGUGGCAAUUCAAAGGAUGGUCUAAAGGCUAGAAAGGAUCUUGAAAGUCUUGGUAUCAGGAAGGAUUUGCAUCCAAAAGCUCAGGGAAAAAGGACAUUACUUCCACCAGCUCCCUGGUCUUUAUCAAAGUCAGAGAAACACAUCUUCUGUAAGCGGCUCUAUGAUUUUAAAGGUCCUGAUGGCUACUGUGCUAAUAUAUCUAGUUGUGUAUCAUUAGAGGAGUGUAAGGUGAUGGGACUCAAAUCUCAUGAUUACCACGUCCUAAUGCAACAACUGCUGCCAGUAGCAAUCAGGGGCUUACUACCUAAGGGUCCUAGGGUAGCCAUUCUCCGCUUAUGUGCUUUCUUCAACCUUCUAUGCCAACGAGUAAUCGAUAUGGAACAACUCCAGCAAAUGGAAUCCGAAAUCGUGGAGACUCUCUGCAUUUUUGAAAGAUUUUGGCCACCCAGUUUCUUCGACAUCAUGGUUCACUUGUGUGUGCAUCUAGGCAGAGAAGCUCGACUUGGUGGUCCGGUCCAUUUCCGAUGGAUGUAUCCAUUUGAAAGGUAUAUGAAAGUCUUGAAAGACUAUGUCAGAAACACAGCAAGACCAGAGGGGUGUAUAGCUGAGUCUUAUCUUGCAGAUGAGUGCAUGAAGUUCUGCUCGGCUUUCUUGACUACUUCAACAAAUGUACAAGAAAAAGAGGACAGAAACACUGAGUAUGAGAGUCAGUCCAUCCUCGAAGGUCGUCCUAUAUCAGCCGCCCGCUCAUUCCAGUUUUCGGAUGCCGAGUUAAAAAUAGCUCAUCUUGCUGUAAUACAGAACACGGCCAUGGUGGAUCCAUAUAUUGAUGCUCAUUUACAACAUCUACAAGACUCAAAUGGUAGAUGUCAAAGGGAUGCAACUUAUUUAUGGCAUAUGCACACUGAAAAAUUUGCAGCGUGGCUAAAGCAACAGAUAUCUAUUGAUUCACCUGAUGAGGAAGACACUCUGAAGUGGCUGGCUUAUGGUCCUCGUAGUAUAGCCAGAUCUUACACAGGAUACAUUGUGAAUGGGUUACGAUUUCACACAAAUGUGGUCCAUAGGCUAAGUCAGAAUAGUGGUGUUUACUAUGAGGCAACAACAAUGUGUAGAUCUAGUGCAAAGGACACAGUUCAGGUGGUCGACGUUGUAUCCUACUAUGGGAGAGUAGUUGAUAUUAUAUUACUAGACUACAAUGGCUUCUACGUCCCAAUAUUCAAGUGUGAGUGGGCAGUUAAAGGUAACGGUGUGAAAGUGGAGGAUGGCUUUACGCUGGUUAAUUUUAAUCACAGCCACAUAUCCUUUGCAAAGGAUCCAUUCAUUUUAGCAUCUCAAGCGAGACAAAUAUUUUACUCAAGGGACACAGAUGAAUCGAGUUGGUAUGUAGUUAUGAAGGGUCCAUGUAGAAGAUACAGUGAUGAGAAACCUGAAGAUGGACAUGCAGAUGUAGGACCACUGCCUUCGGAUAUAGAUAUGUGUCUUGAAGACAUAUCAGAUGAGGCUGAGAAUGUCAGAGAUGAUUGUGAAGGAAUAUACGUUUGA